CUCCACGCUAACAACUUCACAGGGAUAAUUCCACCACAGAUCGGCUCUCUGACAAAGCUCAACUCCUUGAAUCUUAGUGAGAAUCAGAUAAGUGGUUCCAUCCCUCCUUGGCUAAGUAAUAUGACAAGGCUUAACUUUUUAUACCUAUACCAAAAUCUUCUUUCAGGUACUAUCCCUCAGGAAUUAGAAAGACUGGUGAAUUUGUUGGAUUUGAGAAUCUCGUACAAUCAGCUAACAGGUUCCAUCCCCGCCAGCUUAGGAAGUUUAACCAAGCUUGAAAUUUUGUACCUUUAUGAAAAUCAGAUCUCUGGAUCAAUUCCUCAUGAAAUACAAAAUUUGGUGAGCUUGAGAGAUUUGCAAAUCUAUACUAACUUUUUAGAUGGUUCAAUCCCUGCUAGCAUAGGAAAUUUAACCAAGCUUAACAUUUUGAACCUUUGGGAUAAUAAUCUCUCUGGCUCCAUUCCUCCUGAAAUAGGAAAUCUUGUAGAGUUAACUGAGCUGUCACUCUCAACAAACAAUUUAAUAGGUUCAAUCCCCACCAGCUUAGGAAAUUUAACCAAGCUUAAGACUUUGUACCUUUGGGAUAAUCAUCUCUCUGGCUCCAUUCCUCCUGAAAUAGGUAAUCUAGUGAAGCUAACCAACCUAUUACUCUCAAACAAUGGUUUAACAGGUUCCAUCCCCACUACCUUAGGAAAUUUAACUAAGCUUGACAUUAUGUUACUUUGGGAUAAUCAUCUCUCUGAUUCCAUUCCUCAUGAAAUAGAAAAUCUAGUGAGCUUGACAAAAUUGGACAUGAGUAUCAACCAUUUAGAUGGUUCAAUCCCUGCUAGUAUAGAAAAUUUAACCAAACUUGAACUUUUACACCUUUGUGGUAAUCAGAUCUCUGGACCAAUUCCUCAUGAAUUAGGAAAUCUCAGGAAGCUUAAUAGUUUAUUACUACAGGUUAACCAAAUCUCUGGCUCAAUCCCUCCAUCUUUUGGAAGCUUAACCAGCCUUACUGUUUUGCACUUAUUUGACAAUCAACUAUCUGGCUCUUUGCCUCAGGAAUUUAACAAUAUUACAAAUUUGGAAAGCCUCCAAUUGAUGAACAAUAAUUUUUCUGGCCAUUUACCCCAUGACAUAUGCAAAGGAGGAGUUUUAUAUUAUCUUGUUUUGAGCAACAACCAUUUUGAAGGUCCGAUUCCCAAAAGCUUGAAAAACUGUACAAGCCUCGGUACAGUCCGACUUCAACAGAACCAACUAUCUGGAGAUAUAUCUGAAAAUCUUGGAGUGUAUCCACAUUUGUGGUAUAUUGAUUUAAGCUUCAACAAACUGUCUGGUAUGCUCUCAUCAAAUUGGGGAGAAUGUCAUAAUUUGUCGCUCUUAAGAAUCUCAAGCAACAAUGUUACAGGAAUCAUACCACCAGAACUCGGAAAGUUAACUCAACUAUGUGUGCUUGACCUUUCCUCGAACCAUCUAUCAGGAGAGAUUCCAAAGAAUUUGAGCAAGUUAUCUAAUUUAUUUAACUUGAGUUUGAGCAACAACCAACUUGUUGGAGAGAUAUAUCCAGAAUUUGGAGAACUAUCUGACUUGGAAACUCUUGAUCUAUCAGCAAACAGACUAAGAGGAAGGGUACCAGAACAAUUAGGUAAUUGCAUCAAACUUCGCUUGCUGAAGCUUGGAAACAAUCAUUUAAAUGGAAGCAUUCCUUUUCAAAUUGGAAAUCUAGUAUAUCUGGAUGACUUGCUAGAUCUAAGCCACAACUCAUUUACUGGAGAGAUACCGUCACAAUUUGGCAAACUGGAUAGGCUACAAGUUCUGAAUCUAUCACACAAUGACAUGACUGGCCAUGUUCCAUCUUCUUUGCGUUAUAUGAUAAGCUUGUCAUCUAUAGACUUAUCAUACAAUGAAUUAGACGGUCCACUUCCCAAUAGCAGAAUUUUUCAGAAUGCUCCAGUAGAGUGGUUCAGCCACAAUAAGGGCUUGUGUGGUGCAAUUAAAGGUUUACCUUCAUGUGGCUUAUAUACAACAAGCAAAGAUGAUUCAAAUAAGCACCACAAACUUUUGUUGUUAACUAUCGUUUCUUCUUUGGGAACCUUAUUUCUCUUAAUUCUAUUUGUCGUAUUUGCUUUGCUAAUUCCAAGAAGGAAGAAAUAUGCAAGACAUGAUGCAAAUAUUGAAGAAGGUGGAUUCUCAAUUUGGAACUUCAAUGGAGAAGACGCAUACAAUGACAUCAUUCAAGCAACAGAGGAUUUUGAUGACAAGUACAACAUUGGCAUGGGAGCAUAUUCUAGUGUUUACAAAGCACUGCUGCCAAGCGGCAAGUUGGUGGCUGUGAAAAAAUUUCAUCCACUAGAAAUUGAAAACUCACCAAGCAAGCAAACUUUUUGGAGCGAGGUACAAGCAUUAACUCACAUCCAACACCGAAAUAUUGUGAAGCUCUAUGGUUUUUGCUCCAAUGCUCAAAAUAAGUUUCUUAUUUAUGAAUAUAUGGAGAGAGGAAGUUUGGCAAAUAUUCUUCAAGGGAAAGAUGCCAUUGAAUUUGAUUGGUUUAAGAGAGUGGAUGUUGUAAAACAUAUUGCUUAUGCUUUGUCAUACAUGCACCAUGAUUGCACUCCACCAUUAGUACAUCGAGACAUAACAAGUAAUAAUAUUCUACUUGACUCAGAAUACAAAGCUUGUAUUUCAGAUUUUGGUAUUGUUAGACCUCUAAACCCUGAUUCAUCUAAUUGGAGUAUGAUUGCGGGCACACGAGGAUAUUUGGCACCAGAGCUUGCAUAUACAAUGAAGGUUACUGAGAAAUGUGAUAUAUAUAGUUUUGGAGUGAUAGUACUUGAGAUUGUAAUGGGAAAGCAUCCAGGAAAAUUCAUCUACACUUUAUCUUCUUCAGUACGUGAAAACAUAUUUCUAAAAGAUAUGUUAGAUCUGCGACUAUCACCUCCUGCAACUCAAAUUGCAAAUGAGUUAGUUGAAAUAGUUAUGAUAGCAUUUCGAUGUUUGGAUAACAAUCCGUAUUCUCGUCCGACAAUGCAAAAUGUAUCUCAACAGUUAUCUAUGAUCAAGGCACAACUAAACUCCCAACAUCUGGACACAAUUAAGUUGUGUCACCUAAUCCAUGUCAAGAAUGAGAACGCCUGUUGAAAAUAUUCUCGUAGAAGGCGACAACGGUAAGGAAACACAGAGUUGGGAGCAAUCGAUAUUUGCAAGACAAGAAAGUGCAAUAUAUUCAGUCAAAAGAAAACAAUCAUUGCAAGCUCGAUACGUAUAUGGUUUUAUAUUCUUUCUAACAAACUUAUUGGCUUGGUUUGUUCGUGACUAUGGGCACAAAUUUCUCCAUAUUCUUCAUUAUAUCAGUAUGUGGAAUUGAUGGUGGUGAGUGUUUUGAUGCUGCAGGCAUGCUUCGUAUAAGCUUGUGAUGCUUCAUAUCCUUGAAUAAAUACAAUCCAGUUUUUCUUUUUUUUCUAGCUAAAUUCUUGUAUAUAGCUAGUCAUUAUCAUUAUUAUCAGAAUAUUACAUAAUAAUUUCAAAUAAA